AGCACACAUCGCAAAACAGGUGUCUAUUAUAAAGCAGUACUUAGUGAAGCCCGUUAGUGAUAGCACCACCAAAACAUGUUAAUAUAUUGAAGCUUCAUCUUUAACGAGAUGCAAACGUGAGCGCAAACAUCAACCAUGGAGCAGCCGAAGGAACAAGCAACGAUAGACGAGCAGCCUGGUGGCUUUCAGGAGAUCGAAGACAUAGACAAACCAGCGGAGGACAGCCAGGAGGCUGGAUACACCCUUGAACACAUCACGGAAGAAGCAGCAGCUGUUGCAAUUCCGGAAGCACCCGCCAAAAACCCAGAGACACCCGCUGAAAGCUCACAAGCUCAAGAUAAAAGCAAAGACGUACCGGAUACGAACCCAGAAGUGCCAGCAGAGAGCCCGGAAACUCCGACUAACGAGGAUGAGGAAGCAAGUAAACCCUCAAAUAAAGUAGAAGAAACCGCUGCGGAUGUUGCGAAUGGAGGACAGAAAGCAACUUGCGGCAGCCAGCCGGUGCCGCCAGAAACACAGGAAGUAGACAAGGAGGAAGAGCCAGCUGGAGAAGAUUCUCCAGAAUCCGAUUUGAAAGGUAAUGCCCGUGAAACUUCCCAGGUUGGUGAGGCCAAAGUUCGAAGUGCGGUGCCUGAGGGGACUGGAGACACUGAGACGCUGGGUUCUCAACUCCAGACUGAUGAAAAAACUGGAGAGCAGACGGAAGGGGCUACGGAAGGCAAGGUGACCGCAGAAGAGGCUGAGAGUGCUCAAAACGCCACUGAAGCUGGAUCAGCCGGAGGGGGUGGCGAAGCUAGAGAGCAAGAGGGAGACGUCCCAAAGGAUGCAGAUGCCGAGCGUCAGAUCGGUGGCGCAAAAGAAGAGGGAACGGAGAUAUUUUCAGAGGGCCAGUUUCCAGAGGGCGAGAACCAAGAGCAAGCCACGGGUGAAAUAGAAGAUAAAACUGUGCAAAAUGCAGCAGAAUUAUCAGAUGCACAGGAGCCUGACGAGCAGACGGAAGCUGUGGAUGGAGGAAAACUACAGGAGCGAGUGACACUACCUGUUGGCGAAGAGAAAACCAGGACACAAGGAGACGAAGUCACUGGAGGUGAAAAGAUCGACCAGCUCGCGGAGAGCGCGCCUGAAGGAGAGAAAGUCCAUCCAUCCACAGAAAGUGGGAAGCCGACAUCUGAGACAUCAGCAGGGGAAGAGGAGACUGAACAGCAGACCGCUACCAGCCAGGAGAGCGUGGUGAGCGGCGAACAGACGACAGUGACGCAGGGAAGUAGAGAGUCAACCACCGAGGAGACAAUGGGCGAGGAGACAGCAGGCGAGGAGACGCCCAGCAGAGAAACGUCCAGUGUGAGGGAAGGGAGUGAGGAGACCGCAGGCAAAGAGAGGACCGGCAGAGAGACGUCCAGUGUGAAGGAAGGCAGCGAGAAUUUAACCAGCAGAGAAAUGUCCGGUGUGGAUACGGGCAGCGAGGAGACGACCGGCGAGGAAACGACCAAAGGACACGACGACGGGGAGAGUGACCUGACACGGCUUGUGGAGCGCACCAACCUGGAGCAGCAACACCACAGCCUGCUAAUGCAGCGGCGCCAGCUGCUGACGUACAACCAGCGCAUCCAGCAGCGGCUCAGUGAACACUUCAGCCACAAGACAGAGGACACGGAGCGCGUGGAAAAGAACGUGGGCGAGCUGGAGCAGCGCUACACACGCUACCUACACGGGAUCCGAGAGCAGCAGCGCGUUCUCGCUGACGAGAAGCAGCGCCAGCUGGAAGAGCUGGUCGAGUUUCACGCGCAGGUGGACGAGGAGAUGGCCAUAGUGGCGGCCGAGUACGAGGCGGUGACGGAGCUGCGCCGUCAGGUAGCGCUAAAUGCGCGUAGCAGCCGCACCGGCCGCUUAAUGCGCGCCGACGAGGUUGAAGCGCUCAUCAGCCGCGAACAGGCCAAAGAGCUGGAGGUGCACGAUGCGCGGCUUGAGAGCCUGCGCCGCGAGACACGCCUUGGCCAUCUUGAGCAGACGCUGCGCGACAGCGAGGAGCUCGCCGGCGGCAUUCACCUGAUCGACUUCGAGCAGCUCAAGAUCGAGAACCAGACGUACGCCGAGAAGAUUGAGGAGCGCAACGAGGAUCUCACCAAACUGCGCCGCAAGAUUAGCAACACUGUGCAGAUCCUGACGCACCUCAAGGAGCGCAUCCAGUUCGAGGAGGCAGAGAACCAGCGGCGCAAAAACACGCUCGAGACGGUGUCUGCCGAAGUGACGCACGGUCGCGAGGGGCUUGCGCGGCUGAAGCAGCGGCGCGACCACGUUCGCAACCGCACGGCCGGCCAGCGGGCGUCGGCCGGACUGCUUGGCCACGAGGCCCUGCUGCGAGACUUCGAGAGUCGCGUGGAUGAGGAGGCGCGACUGGUGAAGGAGCUGCAGCUGCUGAAACGAGAGUACGGCGAAAACCAGCGUCAGUCUGAGGCCAUCCGGCAGAUGGAGCAGAACAAGAAACAGGAGAGGCGCAGGUCCUCCGCGCCCGCCGCGCGUCCCUCAAUGGAGCGCGGGGGUCCCGCUCGGUGGACGGGUACGACGAUGGACUACUGAGAGAUGUGGUGAAGAACCAUUAUGGACCGUCUGGGCGAUGGACCGCUCACACCGAUGCAUGCAAUUAAACUGUGCAAGCGAUCCGUGGUAAGAGUGCAUGACGGAUUGCCUGAACAUAAAGACGCUGAUUGGUUGAAUGGAUAUAAGGAGAAUUUAGCUACUCACCGAUGAAAAGACCUGAGCGAUGAGCUAGGAGAGUGACUUGACUGAGAGAGAAAGA